AUGUUUGCUACUGUGAACGUCGGCAAGGCUAAGGACGAAGAUGGGAAGGAGAUUACGCCAGAAAUCAUGUUCGAGACAGGCAUAACCAGUCGUCCCAAGACAUUUUCAUGCAACAUCACGCCUCGGUCAGAGAAGGCAAUCCGUAUUGUAGCCAGCGAGUGUGAAAGCCUGUCCGCGUAG